CUUCUCCUUGUUCUUUUUUUUUAUUGAGGGUUUUAGUCUCCUUCACUUUCCUCUACUAUUUCCAUCAUACAAAACCACAGUUUCUAUCUUAAGAUUAGUACAAUAUACAAACACACAUCAACUGAAACUAUAUUUCUUUUGAUCCUUUAUGUAUAUGUGUACAUAAUUAUAUUUACUACCCCGAAAGAAAGCAAGCUAAGGAAUCCUCAAAGGACUUUGUUUUGAUGGAGGAAAACCCGCAUCGAGUUUCACGUAGACACAAUGGCGGGACCCACUGUCAAAACGACGACGAAGGGAGCCGUCGAGAACGUCAUCACAUUCACGGCGAUAAAGUCAAAUGCUCUGGCAAGAGAUGCCGGUCGUGGGCGGCGGCUGCUAUUGCUGACUGUGUAGCGCUUUGUUGCUGUCCAUGUGCGAUCAUAAACUUUCUUACUCUCACUUUCGUCAAGGUUCCGUGGAUGAUCGGACGGCGAUGUCUCGGUCGGAGCCGGAAUAAAAAGAAGAAGAAGCGGAAGCUACACAUGAGACAAGGGAGCAGGAAACUCAACGGUGAAGAUGAUGUGUUUGAGAUGGCCGGAGGAGAUGAGAAAUGCGGUGGUGGCGUAGGAUGCUGUGGCGGCGGAGAUUAUGAUGAUCACCGGUUUGUGGUGGAGAGAGAUGGGAGUUUAACGAAGGAGGAGGACAAAACGGCGACGUCGAGUAGAGGAGAUGAUGAGUCGAGAAUAAGUGCAAGAGUCGAAGCAGAGAGAGUGUGGUUAGAGUUGUAUCAGAUUGGUCAUCUUGGAUUUGGUCGAGUCUCCUUCACUGGGAUCCAAUGAUUUUAAUCAAAAAAUUCAA